UCUUUUAUCUUUUAUCUUCUAUCUUCUUCAUUGCUCCGCCCCUUCUUUUCAACACUGUUGAUCCGUGAGCAAUGGAUGUGGCGACGGUGGUGUUGGUGAUCGCCUGCGUGGGGGCGUACGUGGCCUGGUUCUCGCGGCUGGCAUCAGGGCUCAAGGGGCCGCGGGUGUGGCCGGUGGUGGGUAGCCUGCCCGGGCUCAUCCAGCACUCAGAGCGGAUGCACGAGUGGAUCGCCGACAACCUCAGAGACACCGGCGGCACGUACCAGACCUGCAUUUGCGCGGUGCCGGGGCUGGCGCGGCGGCAGGGGUUGGUGACGGUGACUUGCGACCCGCUCAAUCUGGAGCACGUCCUGAAGACGCGGUUCGACAACUAUCCCAAGGGCCCGACGUGGCACGCCGUCUUCGUGGACCUCCUCGGCGACGGCAUUUUCAACUCCGACGGAGAUACGUGGUUGUUCCAGCGGAAGACGGCGGCGCUCGAGUUCACCACGCGGACGCUCCGCGCCGCCAUGUCGCGGUGGGUCUGCCGCUCCAUCCACCACCGCCUCCUCCCCAUUUUGGAAGAGGCCGCCGCCGCCGGGCCCGCCGGUGCCGUCGACCUCCAGGACCUGCUGCUCCGGCUCACCUUUGACAACAUCUGCGGGCUGGCCUUCGGCAGGGACCCCGAGACGCUCGCGCUGGGCCUGCCUGAGAACGCCUUCGCCACAGCCUUCGACCACGCCACCGAGGCAAGCCUGCACCGAUUCAUCUUCCCCGAACCAGUGUGGCGGUUCAAGAAGUGGCUGCAGGUGGGGAUGGAGGCGACGCUCACCGGCAGCGUGUCGCACGUCGAUCGCUACCUGUCGGCCAUCAUCAAGUCGCGGAAGCUCGAGUUGAGCGACGGGCGGCGAGACUACGACGACCUUCUCUCGCGGUUCAUGAAGAAAGGAGCGUACACCGACGCAUUCCUCCAGCACGUGGUGCUAAAUUUCAUUCUUGCCGGCCGCGACACCUCCUCUGUCGCCCUCAGCUGGUUCUUCUGGCUCGUGUCCACCCACCCAGCCGUGGAGCGCCGCAUCGUGCUCGAGCUCGCCGGCGUCCUCGCAAAUUCCCGCGGUCGCGACCCCGCCAUGUGGCUCGCGACGCCGCUAGCAUUCGAGGAGGUCGACCGGCUCGUCUACCUCAAGGCAGCGCUGUCCGAGACGCUCCGGCUGUACCCCUCGGUGCCAGAGGAUUCCAAGUACGUGAUGGCCAACGACGUGCUCCCGGACGGGACGUUUGUGCCGGCGGGCUCUUCCAUUACCUACUCGAUCUACUCGGCGGGACGUAUGAAGUCGGUGUGGGGGGAGGACUGCCUCGACUUCCGGCCGGAGCGGUGGCUCUCACCUGACGGAAAGCGGUUCGAGCCGCACGACUCGUUCAAAUUCGUUGCGUUCAACGCCGGGCCGCGCGUCUGCCUCGGGAAGGACCUGGCCUACCUGCAGAUGAAGUCCAUCGCCGCCGCAGUGCUGCUGAGGCAUCGCCUCACAGUCGCCCCCGGCCACCGCAUCGAGCAGAAGAUGUCGCUCACGUUGUUCAUGAAAAACGGGCUGAGGAUGAACGUGCAGGACCGCGACCUCAGCUCCAUCGCCGCCGAGCUCAGCCCGUCUCAGCCGGAAGUGGUGGCGCCGGCUCCCGUAGCCGAGGUGGUGGUUGCAACUUGCUGAGCUACUUACCAUGAAAAGUAUUUGCAGCAAGGCCAAAUGUAUAGAUAGAUAGCAAAUCAACAGGUUUGGACUCAGUUGGAGCAAGAGGUCAAAGACUAAGUUAUAAUGAAUUCUUAUAAUGAAUUCUUAGAAGGUAAAUUGUAUUACUGAUUAAGUUCUGGGUGCUAAAUAAAAGAUGAAGGGGAUUUUUACAAAGGGAUUA